UAUAGCUGCCUAUCGCGUGAUUUCGGUUGUGAAAUAUCGGGCCCGAAAGCACAGAUCCACAUUCUCGUCACGACAUUGCCGUCAAACGCAAAGCAUCUGGACCCGGAUCUUCAUUGAUAUAUGCCGUUUGUUUUAGUGAAAGAAACAAUAAUGAUGGCACACAUGGCUGCGCUUCGGCAUGCUAGAUGGUUCGAGGAGAAUGCUGCAACGCCGACAAUCAGAACUCUGGUUCGCAUAAUGAAAGAUAUCCGCAAUCGUUUCGAACAGUUGCAACCGCUAUCGGUUUGGAUCAUCGAAAGACUUAGUCACUAUGCCGUGCUGAAUACACCAUCUCAGAAGCCGUUGACAGUGAGUCAGGCGUUCUGUCGUUUCUUUCAACUGCUCUCGGCUGGUUUCCUUCUGCCAUCCUCCAUCGCUGUCGGUGAUCCGUGUGAGCGUAACCGACGUAUUCAUCAGUCAUUAACCUAUGAAGAAAUGGUUCGUUAA